AUUGGUUGUGAAGAAAGUAGGAGGUAGAGUUGAAUGUCUUGGGAGUGUGUGUGCAUGGCCGUAAAAUGUCGUCUUAGAUGUGAGGACCGUUCAUAAAAGGGACAUGUGGUUCAAGUGAGCCCCUCGGUCAAGUUCAAGGAUGAGUCUUUACGUUUUCUCGAUAAUGGUCGUUUUGUGGCCAGUAAUGGCUGUGGAGAUGGCCAGCUUGGAGAGUACUCAACUUGGGUCGCAGGUCCUCCAAACCUUGCACUGUCCAUCCUGUGAGCACAUCCAUUGUUCCCCUCGUAGAGCACUCAAGCUUCAGUGCAAGGGUGGUAUCACUACAGGAAUUUGUGGUUGUUGCCCAGCCUGUGCCAAACUUGCUGGAGAAAGCUGUGGAGGAACAUGGGACUACCUGGGAAAGUGCGAUGAAGGACUGGUGUGCAUUUACCAAGAAGGUGCAGAUGGCAAACCAGAGGCAGAACGCAAGGGAACCUGCAAAUCAGUGCUUGAGGUCAUCAAAACCAACUCUUGUCGUUCUGAUUGCACAUGGGAAUUCUGUCAGGCUAACCCCAAUGAGAUAUGCUCAGCAAGGUCUGUGUCAAUGCAUAAACGUGAGUGUGGAGGUUACUGUCAGCACACAACCUGCUCCAGCUGUCUGGUUCUCAAACCUCCAUCUUGUCCUCAGUCAUGUGGCCCAACAGACCACAUCUGUCUGCAUCGCUAUGGACGGUGCGUGCGAAGUCACCUAGCUGAGGGAAAACAACCUCUAGUCUGCCACCAGAACCUACAGGGCAACUCUGAGGGAUUCUUUUUGUGCUUGUCUCCUGCCUGUCCAACUACAGCAAACUAAUUCUGCAUUUGGAUAGGAACCCCCAGUUAUAAAAUGUAGCAUUAACGGCAGCUAUCUGUAUUAACACUUUGCAAUCAUUACUACUCACAAAUUGUUACUUUGUAGUAAAUAAAGUUUGAUAAUUACAUAUUAUUGAUUUAAAAUAAUUGUGGUUUAUGUUUUUACAGUAAAUAUAAUUAUUCAAUGUAUAAAUGCUUUGUAGCCUACAACUUUUGUGUAUUGUUAAAUAAACACCCUUUCAAAAUACUUUUGGACAUUGUUUAUAAUUAUUCACAUGAUCAGCAGAACACUUCACUCUGAACAGAACAUGUCAAUAACAUUUUUGCGUCAUGAUUUUUUAAAACCAUGACAAUGACAUUUUUCUAGUAUCUCUGUGUGCAAAUCAUACAACACCACAUGGAAAUUGCUCAUUACAUAUUUAAUCAGUAAGACAGCUUUUUUAGGUCAUGACCCAGGAGUGGAAAGAAACUGGCCCCUUUGGGAAAAGUACCCACAAUGGAUGCUUUCCCACUCUUGUUAGCUUGUUACUGAAUAACAAUAUGUUUAUGAGCCUGCAAUUAGAUAUCCAUCCAUGAGCCAGCACAAAGCCCAGAUCCACAAUAGAACAACCUGUUCACAAUUCUUUUGAUGUCUGCCUUAAAGCUGCAUAAAGUGAAAUGGUUAAUUCUGAUAAAUAUAUUGGCAUUGAACACUGUUUAUUGGUUUAUGAGGUUUAAAAUGGUGCUUCACAUGUUAGACAGUGUACAACAGAUUUUCUCAACCUGAUUUUUUUUUUUUUUUCGUUUUAUGAUAAUGUCAAAAUACAGACAUUUCAAAUAUUGCACCAUAAUAUUUUAUGUAUAAAUAGCAAGUUACCAUAUGGCUGCUACUUUUACUGCAAACAGAGAUUUCAUUCAAGAAGUUUUCAUUUUUUUAAAUGGGAUUCAGUAUUUUUUCUACUUUUUAAACAAGUAAUUGAUGCUAAACUAUGGAGCACAGCUACACGUAAAUGAGGCUGAAUGAGAUUAAACAUAUGCCGCUUAUGUUAUCAGGUGUAUAUUGCUGCUGUUGUUUUUAACAGAUAAAAACAAUGGAUAGACAAAACCUUGAGCAUGCCAGGAGCCAUAAACCAAGAUAACAGCCAUUUCAUUCAUAUUCACUUUUUGCAGGGUCUCUUAGGAAACACACCAUAGUGUUUGAAGUAUAUUGUAUUUAUUCAAAUAAUUUCACAAUUCAGAUUAUCUGGAUUAUUUAUGCAAUAUCAAGACAAAUUUUCAUUACAGUUUUCCUGAAACUGACCACAAUGGCAUGGUUUUUCUGCAUAGUUGACUUUAUCUAGAUAUAAUUCUGUAGUCUAGGAAUAUGUGACUUACUACACAAGAGAAAUGACUGAAAUAUAUAUAUAUAUAUAUAUAUAUAUAUAUAUACACACACACACACACACACACACACACACACAUACA